AUGGAGUCACAACCCGAAGUGCUCUACGCCCAAGGCGAAAGGGUCACCAAGAAAGAGAGUGCGGUGCAGAAAGCUAUCGCUAGUCUCCUGGCACUCGCCAAUUUGGUUGGCAAGAUACCCAACCCUUCAUCUGGGCUCGAUCUACCCACCUGGAAGUUUCUCGUUGACGCCGUCGCCCAGGACAGCGAUGCCUUCAAGUUUCUUGUGGGCGUGGCAGGGGACACUGGCAUCGGCAAAAGCUCACUCUUGAACGCCCUCGUGAGCGAAACGGCAGACAUCGCCCCAUCAAGCCAGAACGGUGCGUGCACGGCAGCCGUGUGUUGCUUCUCGCACCCCGGCUCCGGCAGUGCCUCCCCGCUGACCUAUACGGCACGGGUUUAUCUCAAGUCAAAGGAUACGGUCGACCAAGAGCUCAACGCCUUCUUUCAAGAGUACAAUGAGUUUGAGGAACGGGUCCAGCUCGCUGGCGGCGAGGACAGCAUCACAUACGGAGAGCGCGAGAAGUUAAACGACCAAAUCAACAUCAUCCGCGGUUGGUCGGGUCUGAGCAAACAACAACUGGAGGAAUUUGGCCUCAACCACCAGGUGUCUGAAAUCACGUCCUCUUGCACCAACAAAGAGCAGUUGUUCGAGCUGAAGGAUCAUCAGAGAGGCAAGGUGGUUCAGCUCGCGGAUAAAGAUUCACGCAAGUUCUUGCAUGCCAUCAAGCCGUACGUUGGAAACGCGGGCAGAACCCCGGGCCUCAUUAAUAUCCGCUGGCCUCUUGUCGAAAAGGUGGAGAUUUUCGUCGAGGCCGAUCUGUUGCGCGGCGGCAUCGCCCUAGUUGAUCUCCCCGGCGAGAUGGAUGCCCUCGACGCUCGAUCCCAGGUAGCCCGACGCUAUUACAACAAGUUGGAUAGCCUCAUGGUCGUGACGCCCGGAGACCGUGCCAUCGACAACAAAACGGCCAUGGAAAUCAUCCGCGAUGAUCAGAUCAUGGACAUGGAAGCUGACGGAAUGAUCCAUGAGAAUGGUCUCUGCGUCGUGGUGUCCAAGGUUGACCUGAUGGAUUGGAGAAACUUUGUCGAGACCGAGUACUCGAGCCAGGAGAUUUCUGCCGACUUUGAGCAUCUUGAUCAGAACCUAAGGAUAAAAGAAGGCGAAAAGCUUGCUCUAGCGCGCAGGAUCGUGGACCUGGAGACGGGAGACGGCGACACAGACGGCGAGUUGGGCUCGUUGAUCCACCUCAAGAACAGAGUCGCCGAAGAAAUCAUCCAACUGGAUUCCCUCUGCCUCCGACGAUGCAUCGAUGCUCGCAACAAGGACAUCCGCACCGCUUUUGAACACUAUUUCAAUCGUAUCAGGAAUUCGACGCGCGCCAAGAAAGCAGCCGAAGUCUCGACAGGCCUGAACGUGAUUUCGGUGAGCAGCAAGGCCCAUCGAAGUCUUGCCAGGGGCAGGCCUGAAGCUGCUUUUCACGAAGCAGAGUCUACUGGGAUUGGUGCUCUGAAAGACUGGAUCAUCAAAAGUUCGCUCCAGAAACGGGAAGAGCACGCCGACACGGUGCUCCAUCGCUGCCAGGUGCUUUUCGACGCCAUUGAUGACUGGGCUACAGAGGAACCGCAUGUGAUGGUGAUACUGCCCGAAACUGAGCGCACAGAAAUCAAGAAAAUUCUGGGCAAGGAACGGGCACGAUUGAAGAUGAGCCUGCGCAGCAUGGUCCAGAACUUUGGGAAUAGCGUUGAUAAGCUUCUCUCGGAAGCCGCCCUAUCCAACAUUGAGAGCGGAAACGAGAAUUUCUCAAAGAGGUUUGUGCCGCAUGUCGAUGACUAUCAGAAAGCCGGAUCUGAUGGAAAACUACACUGGUCGACGUACGCCGCCUGCAUCCGUCGACGUGGCGGCGCUUUUCGAACCUCUGGUAGACCGCGCAAGACGCACUGUUGGCAAGCCAGGACGUAUUAUGGGCUGCUUUGGAAGGGGCAUGCUCAUAAGUGGGGGCAAGCAUAUGGACAGACGCUCGAGGAAAAGACGAAGAAACUAGACGGGAGGCUCCAAAUGAGAUUUGGACUGCACAUCAAGAAAACCACCGAGGCCGAAGGCUUGCCCGUGGGGUUCCGAACUGCUUUACGAAGCUGCGCCUAUAGGAUCGAGAACAUCUUUACGGAUUACAGGUACCAGGUCAGGAAGGCCGUACGUGAGCACCGAGAGAUUGCCAGGGUCAACAAGCAGAGAUCGAGAGACCUUCUGGCAGGGAAGAUGAACGAGGCAUACGUUUUAGCGGACAGCAUCACCGGUAAGGGCAAGCUGAAGAGACAAGUCGCCACAAUGAACAAGUUUGCCGAGGAAAUGAAGGAAACAAUCUUUACCGACAUUAGCCAUAAAGUGGACGACAAGCUCCGAGAGAAACGCGCCGACUUGAGGAACAAGCUGAAGACUGAGACCACUAAGGUUGUGAAUGAAAUUGGCAAGAUUGAAGAAAGGGACGUUGUCUCCCAGCAAGUGAAGGAAUGGAAGCAAUACUGGAAUCACCUGAGAGCACGCUUUCCCCGGGUGGAAGUGGUCAUCGAUGACGACUCGGUGGGCUCCGACGACGAGAGCGAGGACAACGGGACUAGGCCGGCGAAGAAGACCACCGCCAAGAAGAGAGCCAAGAAGGCAGCCGGAGAUGGACCAAGGAAGGCGCUCAAGAAGAAAGGGGGUAAGAAGGCCAAGGAAGCCGAGGACAAGACUUUUGCGGAGACGCCGAGCACAUCUGCACAGCAGCCAAGUGCCAUUCGUCACGUUCGAUUCAAGACUGAGCCAGACGAGCAUCAAGAUGGAUGGGCUGGUUGUGGCUUUAGCUAG